CCGCCGAGCUCAGAGCCGCUUCACCCGCAGCCGCCUCUGCCUCUCUCCUCUGCUCUCUGCCCCUCUCUUCUGUCUCCUCCGCUCUCUGUCCCCCCUUCCCCCGCCAGGAUUCCGGCCACAGCUGCUCCCUGCCCGCGGUAGAGACAUGGGGUAUGGCCGGUCAGACAGUUACCGGGUGGCCACCACAGAGGACAAUAAAGAUGGAAAAUCCUCUAACAAGGCUGCUGCAGCAAAAAGAGAAUUGGAUGAUCUCAAGAAAGAAGUAUCCAUGACAGAGCACAAAAUGUCAGUGGAAGAAGUGUGCCGAAAAUACAACACGGACUGUGUACAGGGGCUGACACUCAGUAAAGCAGCUGAGAUCCUGGCCAGAGAUGGUCCUAAUGCACUCACUCCACCACCCACCACACCUGAGUGGAUCAAAUUUUGUCGCCAACUUUUCGGUGGAUUCUCCAUCCUGCUGUGGAUCGGCGCCAUUCUCUGCUUUCUGGCGUACGGUAUCUUAGCGGGUACAGAGGAUGAACCAUCAAGGGACAAUCUGUACCUCGGAAUCGUUUUGGCCGCAGUGGUGAUCAUCACCGGCUGCUUCUCCUACUACCAAGAGGCCAAGAGCUCAAAGAUCAUGGAGUCCUUCAAGAACAUGGUGCCCCAGCAAGCUUUAAUUAUCCGAGAAGGUGAGAAAAUGCAACUGAACGCUGAGGAAGUUGUGGUUGGUGACCUGGUGGAGAUCAAAGGUGGAGACCGUGUACCAGCCGAUCUCAGGAUCAUUUCUGCACAUGGUUGUAAAGUUGAUAAUUCUUCCUUGACUGGUGAAUCUGAGCCCCAGACUAGGUCCCCCGACUGCACUCAUGAUAACCCUCUUGAGACACGUAACAUCACUUUCUUCUCCACCAAUUGCGUAGAAGGUACAGCCCGUGGUGUGGUCGUUGCCACAGGGGACAGGACAGUGAUGGGCCGCAUUGCUACAUUGGCUUCGGGUCUAGAAGUCGGAAAGACCCCAAUAGCCAAGGAAAUUGAGCAUUUUAUCCAUCUGAUCACCGGUGUGGCAGUGUUCCUGGGAAUCAGCUUCUUCGUACUCUCUCUCAUUUUGGGGUACUCCUGGCUGGAGGCCGUCAUUUUCCUCAUCGGAAUUAUUGUGGCUAACGUACCAGAGGGUCUUCUGGCCACUGUCACUGUAUGUCUAACUCUGACCGCCAAACGCAUGGCUCGAAAGAACUGCCUGGUGAAAAACUUGGAAGCUGUGGAGACUCUGGGAUCGACAUCAACCAUUUGCUCAGACAAGACUGGAACCCUUACACAGAACCGGAUGACUGUGGCACAUAUGUGGUUUGACAACCAGAUCCAUGAGGCUGACACCACAGAGGACCAGUCAGGGACUUCAUUUGACAAGAGUUCGCUCACCUGGGUGGCCUUGGCUCGAGUUGCUUCCCUGUGUAACCGUGCUGUCUUUAAAGCAGGCAAUGACAACAUUCCUGUACUGAAGAGGGAUGUAGCAGGGGACGCCUCUGAGUCCGCUCUCCUUAAAUGCAUCGAGUUGUCUUGUGGAUCGGUCAAGGCGAUGAGGGAAAAGUACAAGAAAGUAGCCGAGAUUCCUUUCAACUCCACCAACAAAUAUCAGCUGUCCAUCCAUGAGACUGAAGACCCUAAUGAUAACCGCUACCUGCUUGUAAUGAAGGGGGCCCCUGAGAGGAUCCUGGAUGUCUGCUCCACCAUAAUAAUCCAGGGCAAAGAGCAGCCACUGGAUGAGGAGCUGAAAGAGGCAUUCCAGAAUGCGUACCUGGAGCUUGGAGGACUUGGGGAGAGAGUGCUGGGAUUCUGCCAUUAUUAUUUCCCAGAGGAACUGCAUCCCAAGGGCUUCGCUUUCGAUACUGAGGACCUUAAUUUCAGCACUGAGAACCUCUGCUUUGUAGGACUCAUGUCUAUGAUUGACCCACCCAGAGCAGCUGUACCUGAUGCAGUGGGCAAAUGCAGAAGUGCGGGGAUCAAGGUAAUCAUGGUGACUGGGGAUCAUCCAAUCACAGCCAAAGCUAUCGCCAAAGGUGUGGGCAUCAUCUCAGAGGGUAAUGAGACCGUGGAAGAUAUCGCAGCCAGACUCAACAUCCCAGUCUCCCAGGUCAAUCCCAGGGAUGCCAAGGCUUGUGUCAUCCAUGGUACAGACCUGAAGGACAUGAGCGCUGAGCACAUGGACGAGAUCCUGCAGAACCACACAGAGAUUGUCUUUGCCCGCACAUCCCCACAGCAGAAACUCAUCAUUGUGGAAGGAUGCCAGCGCCAGGGGGCUAUAGUGGCGGUCACUGGUGAUGGUGUCAAUGACUCCCCGGCUCUGAAGAAAGCCGACAUCGGGGUGGCGAUGGGAAUUGCAGGUUCUGAUGUCUCUAAACAAGCCGCUGAUAUGAUCUUGCUGGAUGAUAAUUUCGCUUCCAUCGUCACCGGUGUGGAGGAAGGUCGCCUGAUCUUUGAUAACCUGAAGAAGUCCAUCGCCUACACCCUGACCAGUAACAUUCCUGAGAUCACGCCCUUCCUGCUCUUCAUUAUGGCCAACAUCCCUCUGCCUUUGGGCACCAUCACCAUCCUGUGCAUUGAUCUGGGCACUGACAUGGUUCCCGCAAUCUCCCUGGCCUAUGAAGCUGCUGAGAGCGACAUCAUGAAGAGGCAGCCAAGAAAUCCCCGUACAGACAAACUGGUGAAUGAACGACUGAUCAGCAUGGCAUACGGGCAGAUUGGUAUGAUCCAGGCUCUCGGCGGCUUCUUCUCCUACUUAGUCAUCCUUGCAGAGAAUGGGUUCUUGCCAUCACACUUGAUUGGUAUUCGUUUAAAUUGGGAUGACAGAACGGUUAAUGACUUGGAAGACAGCUAUGGCCAACAAUGGACAUACGAGCAGCGCAAGAUUGUGGAGUUCACAUGUCACACGGCCUUUUUCGUCAGUAUUGUGGUCGUCCAGUGGGCUGACGUCAUCAUCUGCAAAACCAGAAGAAACUCCGUGUUCCAGCAGGGCAUGAAGAAUAAGAUCCUCAUUUUUGGCCUGUUUGAAGAAACCGCCCUUGCAGCGUUCUUGUCUUACUGCCCCGGGAUGGACAUCGCACUGAGAAUGUACCCCUUAAAGCCCAGCUGGUGGUUCUGUGCCUUCCCAUACAGCUUCCUCAUCUUUAUAUAUGAUGAGAUCCGGAAACUUAUCCUUAGAAGACACCCAGGAGGAUGGGUAGAGAAAGAGUCGUAUUAUUAAAUCCCCAAGACCUGGAUCCUCUCCGACCCGUGAACCCCCCCCCUACCCCAACAAAGAAA